CUCUCGCCUUCCCCCUCCUUUGCGCUUUACAACAACAUCACAGGGGUCUACGUGCUCUACGGAAGCGUUGAACGAAGCGCCAUGAACGCCGCUUUCCCCCGACUCAGCGCCUGGCUGGGCCUGGGCCCUCCAUCACCCUCUGCUGAGGAGGCAAGCACUGCCCCGCCCGCCGAGGCACCGCCGACGGGCACACCGAUGGAGGUCGAAGAAGAGGCCACGGCCGCCGCCGCCGUCGCCUGGCUCUCGCCCGAGCUCGCGACGUCGCCCCAGCGGAGGGCCCCGGCCAGUUCCGCCGCCGCCACGGCCCCCUUCUCGCCAUCGUUCACGACCGAGCGCCCGCAGCGGCCCCGGCGGCGGCCCUCGCCCCAAUUGAUGGAGGCGCCCGCGCUCGCUUCGCCGACUCUAGCGGAAGAGCCGCCUUCACAACCGGCACCCGUCGAGCUGCCCGAGACGCCCCCCGUCGAACAAGUAGAGAAGAUGGUCCUCGAACCACCUAAACCACGGCGCAAGCCCAUGGCCCCGCCGCCGCCGAAACUGGAAGAGGCCCUCCGGCAAAAACUCGCGGAAGCUCUCGGGGACGACGCUACAUCAUACAUCAAUUCAUUUAGACGAUGUGGCCGAUGUGGCAAGGCCUGCGACUCUUCCAAGUGUAUGGUGGAGCACCCGGCCCACUUGCGGCGGGACCGAGGCGCGACGUUUUCCUUUUCGUCGUACGAGUCGCUCUACGCGUGUGGCGUGUGCGGCGCCGAGUUCAAGGAGGUCGUCGACGCGAAGAACGGCGUCAUCUCGUCGUCGAAGUUCGUGGGUGACUUGGUGUGUUUUUGUGGAGUGCACGCCGCCCAGUGUUUGCGGAGCGAUCCCCAACGGGUCCACGAGAACGCCGUCACGCUGUCGCGGGCCCACGACCUCCAGGAGCACUUGGAUAAUGUGCCAGAUGAUGUAGAAAUACUGACCGUGACGUGGGGGGCCACUCGACCCGUGAGCGUGAGCUUCCAGCCGGACGGUUUGCGUUUUUUAAAGCUGCGGGUCUUGUCCCUGCAGACGCUGGAAGGGUUUCGGACCGUCUACCUCGACCAGGUCACGGUGCCCUCGCUGCAAGAUUUAACAUUGCAACAUAAAUCACGAAGUUGCUGGGUGCAUUUGGAUUUACCGCAGAUCCGGUACGUUGCCGCGUCCUACGCCAUCGCCGCGUCGACGGCGUGAACGCGCCACUGCACACUCACGGCGUCGGUCCGCGCAGGAAUCUAUAUCUGAGAAGUUGGGAGGGCGAGGCCGACUGCGUCCGGUCGUUAUUAGCCGAAGCUGUUGAUUUAGAAACGUUCGCGGCUAGAUGUCUACCGGCCGAGGAUUUGAGAUUUUGCUCGGACUGUCUAAGGGAGGUGACGGUCAACCGCUGCGAAGCCUUGCGGACGUUAAUUUUGGAUGCGCCGUAUUUGACGCAUCUGCGCGUGGACCACUGCUUCAAUUUGGACAAUAUCGAGUUCCUGCACCCCUCUUCAACAGGUGGGCCGCUGAAGGUGUCGAGUCGCGGCGCGUAUCUGGGCGGCACGGCGCGGAGAAACUUGCGCGCGCAUCCGCGUUCCGUACGAGCUGAUGAUGAUCAAGACGCGGCGCGUUCCGUCUUUCCUCUCGCUUCGUAUGCGCACGAGGACCACUCGGGGCAAGCGGCUAGAGCUCUGAACGGGCGCUCGUCGGGCUGCAAGGCCUGGUGGGAUGCCGAGAGUGAUGGGGAGUCGGACGUUGGGGAUAGUGAUGACGAGGACGAAGAACCCGAGGCCGUGCGCGACUUCCGGAGGAUGAUGGCGUUCGUCGCGCGACGCGCCGGCGACGGCGGUGACUAAAAUUUUUUGCUGUU